GUUGCAUUGUUGAGCCUCCCGUUCCUAGGCGUCCACGUCGUGCUCGUUUCGGGGUUGAGCCAUUUUGUAAACAGCUGCGAUCCCCGCGACCGAGGGAGUCACGCCAUGGACUCGGACCACCUCGUCGACCCCCACGCCGUGCCGCAGGUCGACGUGCAGCUCGUGGAGGGCGCCGGGGAAAGGAGCACGCGCCGCCCCGAGCACGCCGACGUCAAGGAUGGCGAGUACUCUGUGUGCUUCGAGCGGAUGGGCAUGGGCGAUCUGGAGGUGGUGGAAGUCGUCGAUGUGGCGGACGAGGGGAAGCCCCCGAGCGCCCGCGCCGCACCCCACAUCGGCGUCCCCCAGGAGGCGUGGCAGCCCGCGGCGCCUGCGGCGCCGUCCUCCGUGUCGUACUGCUACCUAGAGUGGACACCCUCGGAGGACAGCGACGACGAGGACGUCGGGCUGCUCGACGCACUCGACGUGCAACUGCAGGCCUCGCCGAGGGACGAGUGUCAAGACCCCCAGUGCUCCGGGACCUCGCGCAUGCAGUUUGCCUUGCAGAGCUCCAAGGGCUCCCAGACGGAGGAAACGAUAGAGCCCUUCUCCAGCCCCACCCUGGUGAGGUCCAAGCUGGGCAUCACCAAUGUGUCCAUCAUCAAUUUGCCGCCCUCGGAGUCCGAGACGCAACCGCAGCUGCUGGCGCAGGCGCACAUGUCGUGGCCGGAACAGAAACCCGGCCAGUAUGACGAUGUUGACGUGGAUGAUGACGGCAUCCUCCUCGAUGACGAGGAAGACGAAGUUUGUCGGAGAGCGCCCACCCCGGAGAACACGCCCCAGCAUAGCCCUUCCGAGGAGCACCAGCAUGGGCUGGGGAUGGGUUUGGAGCUGGACCCCGGGUCCACGCUCUACUCCACUCUCAAGGACAUGGCGCUGCUCGACGAGACCUACAGCGGCGGCAGCACGCCCAGCCCCGAGGCCACCCCCGAGGUAUCCCCGGGCAGGCCCAGCAGCGCGCAGCAGCAGCAGCAGCAGCAGCAACAGCAGCAGCAGCAGCAGGCCGCGAGCGCCAGCGGCGGCACCCUCGGCCGAGUCUGGAGCCGACUCUUGGGGAGGACGAGUAGAACCCGAACUGAAACCGUCUCCAACACGCCGCCGACCCUAACACACCAAGCGGACACUGAGGACUCGGACGACGCCGACUAUGAGGAACGCGUGCUGGAAGUCGAUCCCCAGACCAUCGACGAGCUCGAGGCGACCCUAGAGGAGGUGCGACUGGACGGGGAUGCCGACGACCCCGUUGUGAGCUACCUCGUGGAGGAGGUGGAGGAGAUGGUGCGGGUUCCGGGCACCGCCAGUCGAGAGGUGACUGUCGAAGAGGUUCACGACGACGCGACGGAGGACGAGUUGCCUCCCCCGGCUCCGAGACCGUCCGGGCUGUUGUCGAGGCUGUUCUCCAAGACGAAGACGAGCCAGGACGUCUCGAACAGCAGCGAGCCGGUCAGGAGGACACGAGGUACGGCGGGGGAAGUCCGCGGGGUUGGGGAGGACGCGGAACAGUGGAGUUACUCCCCCGCUCGAUCUGCCCCUGCAGGAAGUGGUUCUGCAAAGAGGGGCAAAGUGGAGGCGCCGAGCCGUGACCGGGCACUGCACAUACACCGCCUCAAGCCCCGGCAGACCAACAAGGCGGCGCUGCGGAGCUCGCUACCGCGCUGCCUGACGCGGUGGCUGCGGCAGGGCGAGGGCGGCGCGGGCGGCGCCACCACCUGGGGGGCCGAGGGUGACGCGGGGGAGUCGGUGGUGGGCGGCGUGAGUCCCCGCCUGGGGCCCAGGGCGCUGCGGCCGCCGCGGCCCCCCGCCCCCGCCUUCGUCUUCGGCGUCACCCAGCCCCCGGCGCUGCAGCGGACCAGGAGGGCUCCCUGCCCCAAACAGCCCCAGACCGAGGAUCUGGAAGAUGACUCACAGGCAAAGGUCUAUAGUGUAAAAACAUCGAAAGAGGAGAAGUUAUUAGCAGACUUUGGUAGCCAAACUGUUGGGUGCAUCGAAGUUCACACCCCUCUGGUGCACAAAGAAUCAAGAGGGGUCGAAGCAGUGCUCAAUAUCACAAUGCCCAGUGCGUCUGAUAGUUUUUGAGAACUGGACAGAUGGUCUAAAACUAAUUCAUAAUACAGUAUGACUUCAUGUUGUAGAAAGUGUUACACCAUCGCAUUUUUGUAGUAGAUUGAUAAAAUAAUAUCAACUUGUCAAAAAUACUCAACUAAGCGUUAAAGUUCUGUUGUGUUGUGUUUUUAUUAAUUAGUAAUAAGCGUAAAAGGUCAUAAUGUACAGAAAAAAGAUAGGAAAAAGCAGAACAUUAUCAGUUACUAAUGUAUUUCAACAACUCAAUUUCAGUCAGAUUUUUGUUAUCAAGUAGUUGACAUCAAGUUUCUCGACUGAAAGUUACUGCAGCAACAAAAAACAAGCAAGAGACAGACAAUGCAAAAUGGACGGAAUCUACUACAGGUAUAAGGUGUAAUAUAAAAUUUCUUGAUCAGAAAGCUCUUAGAAAUAAGAAUUUAAAAAAUUUAUAGACUAUGCUUGUUAAUAUAAACAUGUGACUUCAUUUAAA